AGCGGGAGGGGAGAGGGGCGGAGCGAUAGGCUUGGCGCUCGACGCAUGCGCGGCGACCAACCCGGAAGUCAGAGGACCUGCUGGUGUAAGGAAGGCACCUGAGGUUGUCUACCUGGCCAGGUGUGUUGCGGGGAAGGGGUGGGAGGGGCAGGAAGCGUGGAGGGCCAGGAAUGGGGCGGUGGGGAAAGAGGUUAUCAAGGGAAAUAUAUUUGGGGUGGGGAGUAGAAAUAGGGUUGCCACAUUUUUCUUACCAGUGCUGCGCCUCUGCUUUUUAUUUAUUUUAUUUUUUUAAAGAAAGCUGCCAGACACGCAAGAGUUGAGCAGCUUUUCCUGGCAGGGUGACACGGAGGAAAUGUUGCCCUGCUCCCACGUGGUGUGUGGCAGGUUGCUGGUGUCUUAAGGCACAGGAGCAGGUGGAGCUGAAAGGAGAGGAAAGGUGGCAACCCUCCUGAGGGGAGGAGAGGGAGCCAGCCCCCAGUGCAUGCGGGGCAUGCCUAAGCUGUUGCAAUGUUGUGGUCGUUGUUUAAGCAGGGGGCUUUUCUCUGUGUGGGUCGGGGUGGGGCUUCUGCAGUGGGGGGUUGACUUUUGAUGGGAGGAAUAGGGAAAGGGGGAGAGAGAGCUGCGAGCUCUGGACAAGGAAGUAGAAAGGAGACAGAGGGAACGCGUAUCAGUUUUCUCACUGGUUGUAAAUCAAACACAACGGCACACUGCGCAGGUGUUGGCACGAUCGUUUCUCUUGGGUACAAUCUUACGCUUCGAUGCUAAGGAAACGGACGGGCCCAGUUGGGAACAGACGCAACUGAAGUCUCAGAACCCAGCUUCUGGAGGAGAUCAGUUCUGAUCUUGAGUAGAUUAUAUGUCAGGAGUGAGCAGGUGGCGGCGGGUCCAAUCUGCCACACUUGGGAAAAAAGGUACCAUGGAAUUGCAGAGUUGGGAGGGGUCCUGCGGGUCAUCUAAUCCAACCCCCUGCAAUGCAAGGAAUCUUUUUGCCCAACGUGGGGCUUGAACCCACAGCCCUGAGGUUGAGAGCCGUGUGCUCUAGUGACUGAGCCAUCAUGUUGCCAAUCCAAUAACAAGAAAGGUGUGUGGAAGAAAUGGUUGCCAUAGCUAAUCCACACACAGAGACAAGAGAAAUAUGUGGCGGUGGUGGUGGAAUACCACCCUAAGCCAAAAACUAGUUGCCCUUGCCUAAGAUGGAAACAAAAUCCCAGCCCCUCAUCCCCUCUACUUAAUCCGUCUUCUCCCCUUCCGGAGUUUAGGACAAUAUCAGGAAUUUUGUCUUUUGAACCUUCGUUAGUGCCUUUGGGCUUCACUUCUGCCUGUGAUGUGUUGUGAGCGCUGGGCUUUAUUUGUUUCCCUCCCCUGUAUUUGUUUAUUUGUUGCAUUUCUGUAUCACUUCCUUUUCCAGGGAAUUCAAGAUGGCUUGCAUGGUUCCCACCCCUCCUGUUUAAUCCCCACAACAACAACCCUGUGAGGCAGGUUUAGGCGGUGGGGGGGCAGUGACUGGCAGAGAGAAGCAGGGACAAGGUCUCCCCAAGUGAGCAUCACAUGGCUAUUUGGGGAUCUGAACCACCCUGGCGUGCUCAGAAAGAGUUGUCAGACUCUCUGCUGCUUCAUUGCGAAAGAUGAUUGGCACCUCGGAACAGAGCGCCUUGAAAAUACUUAAAAAGACACACUUGUGAGUCAGGUUGUCUGACAAUGCCCGGGAGCGUUCAAUUCUGCGGCCCGUGCAGUUAUCACCUUCUCUUGCGCAACUGCAGCAGUUUUGCAGCCUCUAAAGUUUUCCCUGCUCCCUCCCUCUCCCUUUCUGCGUUGGUGAGCUACACAGGUUAAUUACAUGGUUGCGGAUGAAGCGCUUGACAGCUAGAUUUAAUUUCAAGCAUUGCGCUUGGCGAGGAGCCAGAAGCAGAGCACUGCCUUGUGUACGGACAGGAAAUGCUUAACCUUUGGCGUUUGUGAGGCUUUCUUGGAUCUGAGCCUCCUGCAGUCCCUCCUUUUGCAAAAUGUUGGCCGCAGACCAGCAGAUGGCCUUGCUGCUGUUGAGAGCUGUGGUUGCAAUCCUAUACUCACUUUGUUCCAGGUAGAAAUGUAUAAACUGAAUUGGAAGCAUGUGAACUGGGAUGCCUCCAGUUUCACUCUUACCUUGGCUCCGAAUAUCCCAGGUAAUUUUAAAACAACUUUCCCUGUUAGAUGGGGACGAUGGGAAUUGUAAUUCAAAACAUCCGAACUACAUCUGGACUAAGUUGGCAAAAGCUUCCUCAAGGUAGGCUGCUGUUUUUGCCAUAAUGUGAUAAGAGCAGCCUAUCUUACAUGGCUGUUCCAAAGAUUAUUCCAGUGAUAUAUACCUUUUCAAUCAACACGUUAAAAAUAUUCACGGCAGCGUUUUUGUGUGCUCCACAUCCCUGUUUCCUUCUCCAACUGAAACCGAAACAGUUCUAAGAAAGGAACCGAAACUGACACAGUUCUAAGAAAGGAACAACAACCAAAAAAUGCUCUCCCAAUACGUCAUUGAUAUUUGGAACUCACUGCCACAGGGAUUUGGUGGGGGCAAAAGCAUGUUGGCUAAAAAGAUGAGACACAUCGGGAAACCAUAUUGAAGUAGCUCUUGCAAAAUCUUCAUGUAGACAGAAAAAUACCAAGUUAGUGAGAUGUUAUACUUUGGCAACCAUAUUGUGAAUUGGAGCAGAGGUGCCAAAUCACAUUUCAGUGAGCAAAAUGAGAAGGGUUCAAUAGGAGGCGGUAGCAAAGCUUUCAGGAAGGUAAAGGUAAAGGGACCCCUGAUAGUUAAGUCCAGUUGCAAACGACUCUAGGGUUGUGAUGCUCAUCUUGCUUUAUUGGCCGAAGGAGCCGACGUUUGUCCGCAGUCAAUUUUUCUGGGCCUUGUGGCUAGCAUGACUAAGCCGCUUCUGGCAAAACCAGAGCAGAGCACGGAAACACCAUUUACCUUCCCGCCGGAGCGGUACCUAUUUAUCUCCUUGCACUUUGACGUGCUUUCGAACUGCUAGGUUGGCAGGAGCAGGGACUGAGCAACGGGAGCUCACCCCGUCGCGGGGAUUCGAACCGCCGACCUUCUGAUCGGCAAGCCCUAGGCUCUGUGGUUUAGACCACAGUGCCACCUGCGUCCCAGUUCAGGGAGGUAGGUGGCCCCAGUUCAGUACUGUUAUUGUUGAACUGAAUACCCCUCACCAAGAAAUAGUUGAGGGCAUUUUAAGAGCAUCUGUUGUAGUUAGCUUUGUAUCUCAGCUACAAACAGGUCAGUCAUCAUCUGACUAGGAUCUUGGGGACCAGAAUUCAAAUCCUCACUCAGCCACUGGGUGACUUGGACCAGUCACUGCCUCUCAGCCUAAGCCUACCUCACAGCAUUGUUGUGAGGUUAAAUAAUAUGAGCAACAGUAAUAGCAAAAUUUAUCACCUGCCCUUCACCAGCAGGUCCCAGGGCCGGAAAUGAGUAUUAAAAACAGUUAAAGCAAAUUACAUUCGCAGGAAUAAGCGGAGAAUCCUGUAUGCCAUCUUUUGUGUCCAUGGAGAAAAGGAGCAAUAUAUAUUUUUCGCCCUAUAGGACGCACCGGCCCAUAGGACGCACCUAGGUUUUUUUUUUGGGGGGGGGGAAAUAAUUAAAAAAAAUUUUCCCCCCCCCAGCCGCGGGAACUCCCGCAGGGCUCCCUAGGCUGCGGAUAGCUUCCGGAAGCGCGGGGUGCUCUGCUUCAGGGCGCCCCGCGCUCUGGCAAGCAGGCUGCUAUCCACAGCCUAGGGAGCCCUGCGGGAACACACAUUCCGCCCUAUAGUGCGAAAAAUACGGUAAAUGUAAUAAGAAAAAUAAAAUCCCACCCCCCACUUAUAUGCAAAAAAGGAUUUGUGCUUUUGGGGUGAUUACCUAGGGCAGGGGGUCCAUUUAAUUGUUAAAAAUUCAGCAGAUGGAACCAAAGGAAGUGUCCAGAAAUAAAGGGUUUUUGUGUGGAGUCGUAAUCGCUUGCAAUCUGAAACACUACAAGGUAUUGUUUUUCUGAGUCCAAAACAGCCACCAAGCCUUGGAUCUCGUACGUAAUACAGCCACUAGAAUCUUGAAAGCUAAAACACACAAAAAGUUCAGGCACUGGGAUAUUUCUUUAAUGGUUGCCUUAACCUUGUGGAGGGUUGUGUGUUUUCAAAUGGGCAUGAGAGCUAGAAACUUGUGCCCUUCUUCCUCCAAGAAGCUGGCAGAAUCUGUUCUUUUCAGUUUAAUAUCCAGUAUCCAAAACAGGACCGUAUUUAUUGCGUCGGUUUGGGGAGCUGGGAGAUGCAAUAGGGGCUUGCUCUGUCCACGCCGUGCAUGGACCUGGUGUUGAAGUACCUCUGAGCGACAGUGUGGCACAGUGGUUAGAGUAUCGGACUGUGGCCUGGUUAGCCAGGGUUCAAAUCCCCCGCUUGGCUGUGAAGCUCACUGAGAGAGACUUUGGGCUGGUCAGCGCAUCUUUCAGCCUAGCCUAUCUCACAGGGUUGUGGGAAUUAAACGCGGAGGGGGGGAACCAUGGAGCUCCUUGGGUAGAAUUUGGGAUUUAAAUGCAAUAAGUAAAUAACCCAGCGAUGGGUGUGUGUGAGAGAGACAACCCCCUCUUUAUUAGAGCUGGAAUCAUGGUCACAUAGCUGCCUGUCCACUGUGUCCAAAGUCAGUGGCAGACCUCAGGGUCCUAAAUUUCCGUGACACCAAAGUUCAGUGCCUCCUCUCGCCUAAUAAUAAUAAUAAUUUAUUAUUUAUACCCCACCCAUUUGGCUGGGCUUCCCCAGCCACUCCGGGCGGCUUCCAACCAAAUAUUGUUGUUGUUUAGUCGUUUAGUCAUGUCCGCCUCUUCGUGACCCCCUGGACCAGAGCACGCCAGGCACUCCUGUCUUCCACUGCCUCCCGCAGUUUGGUCAAACUCAUGCUGGUAGCUUCGAGAACACUGUCCCACCAUCUCGUCCUCCAUCGUCCCCUUCUCCUUGUGCCCUCCAUCUUUCCAAAUAUCAGGGUCUUUUCCAGGGAGUCUUCUCUUCUCAUGAGGUGGCCAAAGUACUGGAGCCUCAGCUUCAGGAUCUGUCCUUCCAGUGAGCACUCAGGGCUGAUUUCCUUCAGAAUGAAGAGGUUUGAUCUUCUUGCAGUCCAUGGGACUCUCCAGAGUCUCCUCCAGCACCAUAAUUCAAACGUAUCAAUUCUUCGGCGAUCAGCCUUCUUUAUGGUCCAGCUCUCAUUUCCAUAUAUCUCUACUGGGAAAACCAUAGCUUUAAGUAUACGGACCUUUGUUGGCAAGGUGAUGUCUCUGCUUUUUAAGAUGCCGUCUUGGUUUGUCAUUGCUUACAAUAAAUAAACAAGUUGAGGGGCUCAGGCUUGCUGUGAAAGCUCUCAGGACGCCAGGGAGGCUUUGUUUUGUCACCGCUGAGAAACUCUGUAUGUGCUCAGGGCACUCUUCCUGCUGUUGUUUCACAGCCCCUUGCCAAACCUGGCAUUUAAAAGAAAACAUGAGAACAUUUUUUCAGUUACAAUGGCAAGGAGCAGAACACCCCCAGCACCACAGGGAGGUUGGGCUGGCCUCAACCAGAGCCAGGGCUUUUUCGGCGGUGGCCCCGAUCUGGUGGAACGCUCUGUCACAAGAGACUAGGGCCCUGCGGGACUUGACAUCUUUCCGCAGGGCCUGCAAGACAGAGCUGUUCCACCAGGCCUUUGGCCAAGGCACGGCCUGACCCCCUCCUUUGGUAAUCCUCACAGUACUCUAGCCCAAUGGUUGCCAUUAAUUUGACUCUUGAUUUUAGAAUGAAUUGAUUUUAGAAUGUGUUUCAAUUAAGUGAUUAUGAUUUUAUGUAAUCUGUGUUACUUUUAUUGCUGUUAGCCGCUCUGAGCCCGGCUUCAGCUGGGGAGGGCGGGAUAUAAAUAAAAUUAUAUUAUUAUUAUCAUUAUCAUUAUCAUUAUUUAUUAUUAUAUUUUCUUUUAAAUGUGGGGUUUAGCAAUGGGCCGUGAGUGCCACUGAGUGUAUGCAAAGUUUCCCACCAGCGACAAUUCCCCUCCCUGACAUCCUGAGAGCUUUGGGCCCCAGAACUUAUUUAUUUAUCCUGGAUUUGCAUUCUUUCCGAUGGUUCGGUCAGGUCAGGCUUGGGAAUGAUCGCUGCUUCCUUGGAGUUCCCUCCUUAUUCUUCCUCCUGCUUUGCAUUCUGCACUUUCUAGACGGUCCCUUGCAGGGAGUGGGGAUUUAAAAAACACACACACGCAAAACAACAAGCCUGGGUAGGCUGAGACUCUGCUGUCAUCCAUAUAUGGGCAUGCCCCAAACGCGGCCCUCCGAUUGGCUGCCGGGCGCCAUGCAUAUGCCUGUCAACAAAUGGCUGAGCCUGGCGGAUGGUGCGCGGAGGGGGGGGCAGGAGGGAGACUUGCAAUCUGAUGGAUUAAAGGUCCCUAUUGUAUUGCAAGGGGGGGCAUGUAGGGGCCGGUGGAAUGGGCCUGCUGGCCCUUUAAGGGAGCAGUAACACACACACACAGAGCAAAAGGGGGGGGGGAAGCUUUGAUUGCUUGCAAAAUCCCAAUAUCUCUCCCUGCUUUUCUUUUUUACAAACUGAUCCUCCCCCCUUUUCUAAGCAGUGUUUGCAAAAAAAAAAGGGGGGGUAAGAAAAAACGGAAGGAAAAACAUCCUUUGCAACCUGUGGAUCUGUUUUGUUUUAUUUCAUGCUGGUUUUUCCAGGCCCCAAAGCAGGGAUGUAGGUUUCAGCUGAGGCCUCCUCCAGAUCACACCCACUCCUCCCACCCCAGGCUUGGGAGUAACAGGUAAGAACCCUGGGAUAUAGUGUGCGGUUGUUGCCUUUCCCCCCUCAGAUGGAUUCUUGAUCUGAGAUCCUGGAAAGGGACUCUUGGCCUGGCGAGGCCUCCCCGCCCCCCUUCCCCCCCAAAUGCAUGACUUUCCCCCCUCUCUUCUUUGCAGAGAGCUGUGUUGCGGGUUGCAGCCUUGGCGCUGGGGUGCAAGGGGUGCAGAACUAUCCGCUGGGUGCUUGCCCAGGGCGAGUUGACACCUUGCGUGGGUGGUGUUGUCAAUGCUGGGCUCCCACCCAUCCCAAAGGUCCUUUCCCUGGAAGGACAUUGUUCCCUUUGUAGGCUCCGCAAGCGCCUGCUCCCCUCCCUUGUUUUAGUAAAAGGAUCGGGCCCUAGCAGAGCUAGAUCUCAGAAGCCACGGGAGGGGAGAAGGGGGGAAGGGGGACGGCACCCAAGUUUGUCUGCAUGGCCCGAGUCAGCGCAGGAUGUGGAGGGUGGGUGUGGAGGGGUUUCUGCAUGGGUGGGGGGCCAGGAAAGCGGGUGGCACCCCUUGCACUUGUUGACUCCGGUGGGCUUCCUCUUUCGAACCCCUCAAAGGCGGCGCUCACCACCCUGGGGUCCUGGAGAGCCCCAGGUUGUCCAACGCUGCUGCCCCCCACCUUUUCCCCACGUGGACUUCCCUAGGAUUUGGAUGACUUCACAAGAGGGCAGUGGGGAGAGGCAGACAUAGAACAGAACCUCCAUUUGCCUUCAGAAAAGGGGGUUCAGUCUGCUGUUUCGGCUAUAAGCGAGGCAGCACCCUUGCACUUCAGAGGUAGAAGCCAGCCUUGGGCAGAUUGCCAGUUUGGGGACUCUGGGCAGGUGGGACGGCAAGUUGAUUGGUGGUUGGGGGCCACCUUGGAAGUGUGUGUCUGUGUCUACCUGUCCGUAGUUAUUUCACAAGACUCCAUUCAUUCAGUGCUGAACGCUGGAUGCAAUGGUUCCAAGAGGUGUUAGAAAUUCAGGUGCAUAAGCUAAUCGCCAAAUGGCACCUUAAACCUGGGUUACAGGAGUCACAACAGAAUGUCUGGGUGCCAUGCCCUCCCCUACCAAUGGGGUUUGUUGUUGUUGUUGUUGAUGAUGAUUUCAUUCAUCUGUCUCUCUAUCUCUCUAUCUCAAAGCGGUUUCCAAACAUUAAAACAUCAUAUAAAACAACCUAAAGGUAAAGGGACCCCUGACCAUUAGGUCCAGUCGUGGCCGACUCUGGGGUUGCGGCGCUCAUCUCGCUUUACUGGCCGAGGGAGCCGGCGUACAGCUUCCGGGUCAUGUGGCCAGCAUGACUAAGCCGCUUCUGGCGACCCAGAGCAGCGCACGGAAACGCCGUUUACCUUCCCGCCGGAGCAGUACCUCUUUAUCUACUUGCACUUUGACGUGCUUUGGAACUGCUAGGUUGGCAGGAGCAGGGACCGAGCAACGGGAGCUCACCCUGUCACAGGGAUUCGAACCGCCAACCUUCUGAUCUGCAAGUCCUAGGCUCUGUGGUUUAACCCACAGCGCCACCCAUGUCCCAUAAAACAACCUAGAACAAAACAAAUUCAAGCUUCAAGGAAAAUAUUUCAGACCCUUCUCUAAGUGACAUUUUGCUUCCCCCAUAUUUAUUUACCUACUGAAUUUAUAUAGCUGCCCCAUAGCAGAAGAGUUGUGGGAAGCCAGUCUGGUGUAUUGGUUGGAGCAGCCUUUCUCAACCUGUGGGUCCCCAGAUGUUGUUGAACUACAACUCCCAUCAUCUCUAGCUAGCAAGGCCAGAGCUCAGGGAUGAUGGGAGUUGCAGUCCAACAACAUCAGGGGACCCAAAGUUGAGAAACACUGGGUUAGAGUGUCAGGCUAAGACCUGGGAGAUCAGGGUUCAAAUCCCCACUCAGGAAGCUCACUGGGUGACCUUGGAGUCAGUCACAGCCUCUUAGCCUACCUUACAGGGUCGUCGUGGGGAUUAACUGAGGGGUGUGUGUGGAACCAUGUACCCCUUGGGGAAAAGGCUGGGAUGUAAAUGCAAUAAAUAGGCUCUUCUGCUUACCUGCUCAAGAUAGCCGGAGGGGCCAGCCAGGUGGAGAUGUCUGUUGCCAACCUAGCAUCCGGAGAUCUCCAUGUGGGUGCAGUUGGACCCGUGUCAGUUGCAAAACGCGCCCGGCUAAUUUCUAACACUGAUGUUGUUUGGGCUUUGCGCAUAAUUCACCCUCCCCUCUGAAGCCUGUUUUGCAAGGGGUCAAACUGUAGCUACGGGAAAUAUCCCCAAACAGAAAAGUUUCCCGCAUAACUGGCCGGUGCUCUUUUUCCCCAUGUGGGGGAAACAAAAUCCAUUUAAGAAGUUUGUUAUUAACAGUGUGCCAAUGAUGUGCCCUAUAUUAGUAACACAAUGUUGUUGUUGUUUAGUCAUUUAGUCGUGUUCGACUCUUCGUGACCCCAUGGACCAGAGCAUGCCAGGCACUCCUGUCUUCCACUGCCUCCCGCAGUUUGGUCAAACUCAUGCUGGUCACUUCAAGAACACUGUCCAACCAUCUCGUCCUCUGUCAUCCCCUUCUCCUUGUGCCCUCCAUCUUUCCCAGCAUCAGGGUCUUUUCCAGGGAGUCUUCUCUUCUCAUGAGGUAGCCAAAGUCUUGGAGCCUCAGCUUUCGGAUCUGUCCUUCCAGUGAGCACUCAGGGCUGAUUUCCUUCAGAAUGGAGAGGUUUGAUCUUCUUGCAGUCCAUGGGACUCUCAAGAGUCUCCUCCACCACCAAACACAACAUUAGCCAAGUGGUUUAAGGGGUUGGGUGAUGUCCUGCAAGACCAGGGUUCAAAUCCCUGCUUGGCCAUGCAGCUCAUCGGCUGACCUUGGGCCAGUCACUGCACCUCUCCGCUUCACCUACCUCGCAGGGUUGUAGUGAGGAUUAAAUGUGGAGACGGAGAACUGCAUACUCUGCCUUGAGCUCCGUGGAGCGAAACAGGUGGGUGAUAAAUGCAACGAGUAAGCAAAUAAUAUAGGGACGCAGGUGGCGCUGUGGGUUAAACCACAGAGCCUAGGACUUGCCGAUCAGAAGGUCAGCGGUUCGAAUCCCCGCGACGGGGUGAGCUCCCGUUGUUCGGUCCCUGCUCCUGCCAACCUAGCAGUUCGAAAGCACGUCAAAGUGCAAGUAGAUAAAUAGGUACCGCUCUGGUGGGAAGGUAAACGGCGUUUCCGUGUGCUGCUCUGGUUCGCCAGAAGUGGCUUAGUCCUGCUGGCCACAUGACCCGGAAGCUGUACGCCGGCUCCCUUGGCCAAUAAAGCGAGAGGAGUGCCGCAACCCCAGAGUCGGCCACGAUUGGACCGAAUGGUCAGGGGUCCCUUUACCUUUAAGCAAAUAAUAAUGAAGCGACAAGUGGAUGCCUAGUGCAAAAGCAAUGUUAGAACAACUUGAGAGUUGCAAUUUUUUCAGCUUCGGCCAGUAAAAUAUGCAUGCUAAAAUGAUACCACUUUCUAAGGUAGGGAUAAGGAACCUAUCAGGGGCCAGAUGUGGCCCUCCACACCUCUCUGAACUCUCCCAAAAGCUCAGAACCAAAAAAGAUUGAGAGUUAAAGUGCAUAGGGCUGGUCAGUGUAUUGAUAUAUUGUCCAAAACCAGUUUGAAGUCCAUACAGUCAUAUCUCAGGAUAAAUACGCUUCAGGAUAAGUAUUUUCAGGUUGCGCUCCGUGGCGACCAGGAAGUAACGGAGCGCGUUAUUUCCGGGUUUCGGCGCUCACGCAUGUGCAGACGAUCAAAAUGACGUCACACGCGGAAGCGGCGAAACGCGACUCGCAGACGCGUCUUACGUUCUGUUCAGGAUGUGAACGGGGCUCCGGAACGGAUCCCGUUCUCAUCCCGAGGUACGAUUGUAUUGCAAUAACGGUUUCAUAGCUUUCGACCUGUCAAUAUAUCACGAAUCAGGAUGUGUGUUAGGACUAGGCGAUAGAUUGCCCCAAACCGGUUUCAAAUAUGACACUUCAAAUAUGACCAAAUGACACUGGUUUCAUAACUUUUGACCUGGCAUUGUAUUGCAAAUUGUGAUGUGUUUGUGUGUGCUAUGCAAAAAUCACAAUGUGGGAAAAGCCGUGAAGCCAGCCAAGGCCUCUCCGUAGCUUAUUACAGUGGUACCUCCGGUUGUGGGCGGGAUCCGUUCCGGACGUUUGGCCGGAUCCUGAGGUUUUUGCAACCAGGGGAUUGCUUCUGCACAUGUGCGCACAUCAAAACCCAGUAAAAUACUUCCGGGUUUGCCACGCGCGCAUCCCGAAGUUUACGUAACCAGAGGGUUACGUAAACGGAGGUACUACUGUACAGACAUCGUGAUAUAUAUCAUGAUGUUUAGCUAGUGAUAUAUCGUGAUGUUGAAAACCAGAUAUUGCCCAGCCCUAAAUGUGAACAUAACAGAGAAGGGCAACAGCCAUUUCAGCCGCUCCAGAAGCAUUCCUGAUAUUUGCAGGUUGGUUUGAUAGUCCUGUGGUUACCAUCCUCCAGAUGUUUUGGACUAGAGUUCCCAUCACCCCAGACCAUUGGCCCUGCUGACUGGGACACAUCUGGAGUUAUCUGCCCCUAUGCUAGUCUGGCACCACACUUCUCUUCUUGAAAAAAGCACUUGCAAAUUGGCAAAGAGGAGUGGAUCUACUUUUUGAAUUUCUCCCUCCUCUCAUCUUUUGCUCUCCUUCAGUGAACUGGGUGAAGAGGAGCGAUUACACACACACACACACACAGAGAGAGAGAGAGAGAGAGAGAGAGAGAGUGUAAAGGUAAAGGGACCCCUGACCAUCUCGCUUUAUUGGCCGAGGGAGCCGGCGUACAGCUUCCAGGUCAUGUGGCCAGCACGACUAAGCCACUUCUUGCGAACCAGAGCAGCGCACGGAAACGCCGUUUACCUUCCCGCCAGAGCGGUACCUAUUUAUCUACUUGCCCUUUGACGUGCUUUUGAACUGCUAGGUUGGCAGGAGCAGGGACCAAGCAAUGGGAGCUCACCCCGUUGCGGGGAUUCGAACCGCCGAUCUUCUGAUCGGCAAGUCCUAGGCUCUGUGGUUUAACCCUGUGGGGUGGGGGGUAGAUGCAUUUCCCCCCUGGAUGUAGAUGUUUUCCCACCACCCCACACAGCAGAAUGCACAAAGUCCUGAUCAUGAUUAAUCAAAGUGAGGAAAACACUGUGUGUGGCCUCGAGCUGGAGGAUUAAGGAAUGGGAAUCUCUGUGCCCCCCCCCUUUCAUGUUAAAAAGAAUACCACGCAGAACCCAGAACAUAGCUUCCCGCCAGAGUGGUACCUAUUUAUCUACUUGCACUUUGACGUGCUUUCGAACUGCUAGGUUGGCAGGAGCAGGGACCGAGCAACGGGAGCUCACCCCGUCGCGGGGAUUCGAACCGCCGACCUUCUGAUCGGCAAGCUCUGUAGUUUAGACCACAGCGCCACCCGCUUUAAUUAAGAUGGGGGGGAACGGAAGACACUACUGCACUCUGCACAAACCUUUGUACUUUCCUCUGUGCAAAUGAAUCUGUCGUUCCUGACUCUCUGGGCAAGGGGAUGAUUGUGAGCUUUAAUACGGGAACCCAGAGGCCUUUAAUCCUGUUUCAUGCCUCUGAUCGUUCCGGUGUUGGGAGGCGGCCCCAACCCACACGAGGUGGGUGGCCAGGGUGAGCUUGCUUUGCGGGCCUCCCUUUAAAGCUCUGGCAAGGUUUCAAAGAAAGAAGGAAAUCACUAAUAUGAGCCCGUGUCUGCAGCCUUGCAUCUCUGGGGCUGGAAGGCUCCCCCCAUCACAUGCAAAUUUCCUAGGUGGGCACUGAUAACAUAUUUUUAUUUUGAUUUGUUUGCUUAUUGAAUUUCUAUCCCAUCUUCUCCUCUGGUGAGCUCAAGGUGCCGUGCGUGGUUCUCCCUCCCUCCUCCUUUGACCCAGAUUUCCGGAAGUGCCAAACAUCCUGUCCUAGCCCACAGCUUUCUCUCUCCCUUUUUUAAUUUAUUUGCUCAACACACAACAAAAAAGGACAAAAUUAACCAAAGUGAAAGUACCAUCAGUCGCACCAUACAUAGAGAAUUAAUAUAAAUUUCAUAAUCCUUACACUGUCAUGGUCUCUUCUUUUGAAACCCGACUUCCCAUCUACUCCAUAAAUCAAAUUACCAUUCUUUACUGCCAGUACAUUUUAUUACUGUCAUCUCAAAACAUGUUCAAAAUAUGUUAAAUCGUAUAACUAGUAAACGAUAUUGCUGGAGUUAUUCAAAUGCUGCUACGGAUUUUAGGUCAGUAUCAUUCAUUUUCAAGUAUAUUUUAAAUACUUCCCAUUUUGAAAUGAAUUCUUUCCUUGGUUUGUUCUUUAAUUUUUUGGAUAGUAAAGGUAAAGGGACCCCUGACCAUUAGGUCCAGUCGUGGCCGACUCUGGGGUUGCGGCACUCAUCUCGCUCCAUUGGCCGAGGGAGCUGGCGUACAGCUUCCAGGUCAUGUGGCCAGCAUGACUAAGCCGCUUCUGGCAAACUAGAGCAGCGCACGGAAACGCUGUUUACCUUCCCGCCGGAGCGGUACCUAUUUAUCUACUUGCACUUGGCAGGAGCAGGGACCGAGCAACGGGAGCUCACCCCGUCGCGGGGAUUCGAACCGCCGACCCUCUGAUCGGCAAUUCCUAGGCUCUGUGGUUUAACCCACAGCGCCACCUGCGUCCCUAAUUUUUUGGAUAGGCUAUCUUAAUUCAGCAUAAACGAUCAUUUUUUGGACCCAGUUUUUGGGUCCAGCCCACUGCUUUCUCAAAGCAUUUGUGCGAGGAACCCCGGAGGCUUAUAGUGGGAAUUGCAACGCUUGUUUUCCGACGCGACUGUGAGCUCUGAGCUCAGCUUUCGUUGUUGGAAAAGUGGGGUACAAAUGCAAAGGGAAAAUUAAAAAUCCCCCGCCAAAGAAGGCAGGCGGUAACAGGGGGCAACUUCCCUGAAACACUGUACUUCUGUCCUUGCCCCUGCUGUCGAGCCAGUGUGGUGUAGUGGUUAAGAGCGGUAGUCUCGUAAUCUGGGGAACCGGGUUCGCGUCUCCGCUCCUCCACAUGCAGCUGCUGGGUGACCUUGGGCCAGUCACACUUCUCUGAAGUCUCUCAGCCCCACUCACCUCACAGAGUGUUUGUUGUGGGGGAGGAAGGGAAAGGAGAAUGUUAGCCGCUUUGAGACUCCUGAAGGGGAGUGAAAGGCGGGAUAUCAAAUCCAAACUCUUCUUCUUCUUCUCUCUGCCCCAUAGCUCCUGCCCAGACAGCUGCCCCUUCAGCUGCCUCCCCAGCCAGCCAGCCCCAUCUGUGCCGCAGCGGCUGCCUCUUUACGACACUGUAAUAGGAUCCGUAAUCUCGUCAAGCCUCCCUUCUUCCCUUGUAAGCCUGGAGUAAAUUAUGCAGCAGGAGGCCACGCAGAACCUGAGCUGGCCAGCCAGAGAGCAGGCUCUCGGGUGGGUGGGGAACAGUCUGCGUUGCCCACAGCUGGUCAGACUGUGGGGUGGGGAAGCAGGUGAGGAAGCCAGGGACAAAGGUGUGCAUGGGGUGAGGGACUCAGGUAUAAUAAUAAUAAUAAUAAUAAUAAUUUAUUAUUUAUACCCCGCCCAUCUGGCUGAGUUUCCCCAGCCACUAUGGGCGGCUCCCAAUCAAAUGUUAAAAACAGUACAGUGAUACCUCAGGUUAAGAACUUAAUUCGUUCUGGAGGUCUGUUCUUAACCUGAAACUGUUUUUAAUCUGAAGCACUAUUUCUGCGUUAGUGGAGUCUGUAACCUGAAGCGUAUGUAACCUGAGGUAACACUGUACAGCAUUAAAUAUUAAAAACUUCAGAUAUCUUUUAAAGAUAGGAUAGCUGCUUAUUUCCUUCACAUCUGAAGGGAGGGCGUUCCACAGGGCGGGCGCCACUACCGAGAAGGCCCUCUGUCUGGUUCCCUGUAACCUCACUUCUCGCAGUGAGGGAACCACCAGAAGGCGCUCAGUGCUGGACCUCAUUGUCCGGGCAGAAUGAUGAGGGUGGAGACGCUCCUUCAGGUAUACUGGGCCUUUGAGGCCGUUUAGGGCUUUAAAGGUCAGCACCAACACUUUGAAUUGUGCUCAGAAACAUACUGGGAGCCAGUGUAGGUCUUUCAGGACUGGUGUUAUAUGGUCUCAGCAGCCACUCCCAGUCACCAGUCUAGCUGCUGCAUUCUGGAUUAAUUGCAGUUUCCGGGUCACCUUCAAAGGGAGCCCCACGUAGAGCGCAUUGCAGUAGUCCAAGCGGGAGAUAACUAGAGCAGGUAGUCGCUGGUGGAUGAACGCAGUGGGUGGAGGGGCUCCGAGAGAGAGAUUCAGGCCUCCGAUGCCGCGCCCCCCCCCGCGCUUCUGCAACCAUUGCCAGUUCGUUGCCUUUCUUUGCUUCAAUCAUGAGAUCCAGAGACCUGAAACCAAAGCGUUGAUUUUCAAUUUGCUGGGGUUGAGGGAAUGGCCCCCUUAUGUUUGGGCCCCGCAGAACGGGGCCUUUUCCGCAGUGGCUCCUCACUUGUGGGAUGCUCACCUGGUACCUUCAUUAGGCACCAGUCGAAAAGGGCCCUCUUCAACCAGGCCUUUGGCUGGUUGAGAUCCGAUGCCCUUUUAAAAUGUGUCGUGGAAGGGGGCUGGUAUUUGUAUUUCGUACACUGUUUCUUAUAUUGUAGUUUUGUGUCAUGAAGCGCCCCAAGAUCUACGCGUAUGGGGCGGUAUGCAAAUACAGUGGUACCUCAGGUUAAGUACUUAAUUUGUUCCGGAGGUCUGUUCUUAACCUGAAACUGUUCUUAACCUGAAGCACCACUUUAGCUAAUGGGGCCUCCUGCUGCUGCUGUGCCGCUGGAGCCCAAUUUCUGUUCUCAUCCUGAAACAAAGUUCUUAACCUGAAGCACUAUUUCUGGGUUAGCGGAGUCUGUAACCUGAAGCGUAUGUAACCUGAGGUACCACUGUAUGAUAAAUAACAAAAUAAUAAUAUUAAUAAUAAUAACCUUUGAGAAAUCACCAUUUCUAGUGCCACACCCCAUUCUGUGAUGGAUCUGGGUAGCUAGGUAGGUAGCUAGCUAGGUAGGUAGAUAUACUAUGGGCCUGAAUUACGAUGUGUGAUUAAAAUAACAGUAGAAUAAUAAUAAUAGAAUUGCAGAGUUGGAAGGGACCUGAGGAUUAUCUAGUCCAACCCUCUGAAAGGCAGGCAUAUGCAGCUAUCCCACACAGGGAUCGAACCUGCAACCUUGGCAUUAUCAGCACCACGCUCUAACCAAUUGAGCUAUCCAGGCGUGAUGUAUUCUUAUUACGCUGUCCCACAAUUUGGUACUGGGUAAGGAAUGCAGCAGUCUAUUGUGUGGCUCCUGACAUCCUGCUAAAGGUUACCCUCUUGCUUUCACACAAUGAGGGCUAGAAACCUGACGGUGCCUUUUCAAAACCGGAAAGCUUAUUUCCUCUCCUGCCUGCUGGAAAGCUGAAUUCUGCGCCCCUCGUGACAACUUUGCGCGGAAAGAAAGCCCGCGCCCAGUCCUGCCCUGUUGUGAUUGCAAGCCGGCUGAUGUCUCUUCUUUUCCUCUUCCCCCAGGCACCUCCGAGGCCCCACGAGCUGCGCAUCCAUGAGCUAGGGAAAAGGAAGGGCCGCCUUCCCCCCUGCCCCCUUGCCAUGAGACAGUGAUGGAUCAGAACACCUUUUCCCACAUCCAGCUAUGGUGCCCGCGGCCUUUCGGCACCUACUCCCAGAACAAGCAGUGCCCUGGAGGCCAGGUGAAGAAGACCUUUGGGGACUUUGCCUGCAAAGCCAAGGAAGACGAAGAAGGCGGUGGCGAGGCCUGCUCCGAAAACACUCCCCCGGCCCCGCCGCCUCCACCCCCACCGCCCCCCACGGUCUCCCCCAGCCCCAGCCAGGUGGAGGAGGGCCGGGUGCUCUUGGACACGUGGUACGUGAUCAAACCGGGAAACACCAAGGAGAAGAUCGCCUUCUUUGUGGCCCAUCAGUGCAGCAGCGGCAGCCGAGCCAGCGCCAUGAAGGUCAAGGGCAACUGGGGGAGUGACAGCUCCAAGGCCAAGCGGCGGCGGAGGUCCCACGACCCCGGCAAGAGCAAGGCCUGCCCGGUCAAGGCGAAGGACGCCGGCAGCAGCAGCAAGGAAGCGGAGGAUGUGUGCCUUUGCCCGGAGUCCCACGCCGAGCCGGCGGGCGGAGACUCCACCGACCUGCUCUCGGUGGCUGAGAUGGUGGCCUUGGUGGAGCAGCGCACCGCCCUGGCGUUGCAGAACUACCCCCGGCCAAGCGUGCCGGCCGCGCCGCCGUCCCCCAUGGUCUUCGUGUCGGCGGAGCAGGAGGGCGAGGAGAAGAGGGCGCCUUCUCCGGGCGGCAGCUCGGACUGCAGCAGGGUGGCGGAGGCGGUGGCCCACUUUGAGUCUCAGCAGCGGGAGCGGAGCGUCCUGCGCCCCAACGGCCUGUGCCGGGAGUCUCCCGAAUGCGUGGCCAACUCCCAGCACAGCCCCGGCGAGGUGCGCAUCGCCUUCCGCAUCUCCAGCAGCCGCGACCCGCGCUCGCCCACCGAGGGCGGCCAGGGCGCCCGCCCCAACUGCAUGUUCAUGAGCUGCGGCGGGUCGCCCACGGGCAGCGCCGCCCGCGCCAAGGACAAAAUCACCUGCGACCUCUACCAGCUCAUCAGCCCCUCGCGGGACACGCUCCCCAACAAUGUGGACUUCCUGCUGGCCAACGCCUCCCCGAAAGGUGCCGACGGGGUCGCCAGCGAGCCCCCGGACGUGGAGAUGACUUGCCGGGAGAGCCCCGGCGGCUCCGGCAAGCUGGACGCCAUCACGGAGGGCGGCCGGGGCGGCGGGGAGAAGACAGGAGGCCCCGCCGCCGCGGUGGCUCGCGACUGCGUCUCCGGCUUCCACGUCGACGUGGUGGUCACCGGCGUGGUGGACCAGUGUGUCUUCUUCGGCAAGGACAGCACCAAGAAUAUGAAGGAGGAGACGGUCUGCCUGACGGUGGGCUCGCCCACGCAAGAGGGGCUGUGCUCGGCGUGCGACGACCCGCCGCCGGGCCAGCUCUUCUUCCUGCACGCCCAGGUGCCUCGGCAGGAGGACGGCAGGGACGUGGACGGCGCUUUUCUGGACCCUGCCGGCAGCGGCGAGGGCGGCCUAGAGAGAGCCGACGGGCCCGGCCUGGAGCCGACGUCCGCGGACACCUCGCUCUGCCGCCUCUACCGCCACGUCUCGCACGACUUCCUCGAGAUCCGUUUCAAGAUCCAGCGUCUGCUGGAGCCCCGGCAGUACAUGCUGCUCCUCCCGGACCAUAUCAUGGUGAAGAUCUUCAGCUACCUGCCGACGCAGUCGCUGGCCGCCUUAAAGUGCUCCUGCCACUACUUCAAGUACAUCAUCGAGACGUUUGGCGUGCAGGCCACGGACUCGCGCUGGACCCGGGACCCCCUGUACCGCGACGACCCCUGCAAGCAGUGCAAGAAGCACUACGAGAAAGGGGACGUCUCCCUCUGCCGCUGGCACCCCAAGCCCUACCAUCACGACCUGCCUUACGGACGCUCCUACUGGAUGUGCUGCCGGCGGACGGACAAGGACACGCCGGGCUGCCGGGUGGGACUGCACGACAACAACUGGGUGCAGCCUUGUGACAUGCUGAGGGAGAGGGCGGCCCGGAGGGAGGACGGGAGGUGAGGGGCAGAGCCCGGCGGGGACGGGGGACGAGGCGAAGAAGAAGGAGCGCCUCCCCCUCUUCUCCGCUCUCCUCGGGUGUGCAAGAGGGUGUGGUGUGAUUGUGUUUUACAGGAUUUUUGUUGUGUUGAGGGUUGUUUUUUUCAAAAAAAAAAAUAAUGCAUUUGGUUGCGUUUCCCCGUUUGGGUUUGAUUUCUUGCCUGCCCCCAGUUACAGAAGGGGGGCGGGGCGGCCAAAAAGGCAACGUAUGGAAAAGUAGAAAAUAAAAUCUACAUCUAAGGAGGCACAGGGCCCUUAGAAAUGAAAAGGGAAAUCGUGGGUGGCGGGGAUUAAAAUGACACCUGUUUUCUCUUCCAGCCAUUGCAGCUCAUCUCCAGGUUUAAGGGAGGGGAAGGGUUAACCUGCAGACCUCCAGGCAUUGUCCAACUCCCAACUCCCAUCAUGCCUUUGGCUAUCUCUGGAGGGCAGCAAGUUUCUGGUCACUGGUGUAGGGAGAUGAUGUGAAAAAUCUUCGAGUUGCCUUUGUCCCACCCCCGUUUUUGAAAAAUAGGAUGUUUCCUAAGCUUCCAGACUUCCAUUUGGGGAAAUUUGCUCUCCUGACGUCACGUCGCUGGUGGUACCCAUGCAAGGCUCGCAGAACCAUUUGUGUCCAUCCUUGUGUCAAUCGAGGAUGCAGCCUCACGGCUGACUGUAGAAACCAGAGGCAAAGUGUGCUGUGGUUUCCUGGUGGCAUCCCUGCACUGUCCUUUUUAAAAAACCAGCUUCUCAAAUCCUUUAGGGCAGCAGAGGGAUUUCCUCUGUGCCCUUGCAAGAACUCAUUCCUAGGGAGGGUAUUCCGAGCCAGCCCAGAGAGCAAAAUCGGUCUGGUUUCCCCAUUGCCACGGGAAAACUGUGCUUGUUUCUUUAAAGCAUGCUUCCCCAACGUAGUACCCGCCAGACAUUUUGGACUACACCUCCCAUCAGCCGCUACUGUAGUCCAAAAACAGCUGGAGGGGACCCCUAUUGGAGGAAGACUGCUUUUAAGACACAGCUGUUUCCUUACAAUGAAUAAACCUUGAUUUCCCAAGUUGCAAAUCUUGGCUUUGCUUCCUUCUUCCUCCACACCCCGAAUCUGGGCCCUUUGCUCCUCAAGUCCAGGCAUAGGCAAACUUCAUACCCUCCAGAUGUUUUGGACUACAAUUCCCAUCAUCCCUGACCACUGGUCCUGUUAGGUAGGGAUCAUGGGAGUUGUAGGCCAAAGCAUCUGGAGGGCCAAAGUUUGCCAAGUCCAUGUUAAGAGCAAACAGGACCCUGCUUCCCUGUUUUGAGGGUCAUUUAGGUCAGUGUUUCCCGACAAUCUUGGGUUUUUGGACUACAACGCCCAUCAUCCCUAGCCAGCAGGACCCAGUGGUCAAGGGUGAUGGGAAUUGUAGUUCCAAAACAGGUUGGAGACCCAAGCUGUAUUGGGAAACAUUGAUUUAGACCUCUUGACUUUGGCCGCGGUUCUCUCCCUCUUUCCUGCCGAACCUCCUACAUCCGAACCACCUCUCCUGGGUCUUCCUGUGCCCUCUGCAAACCUGUCGCCUCGCAAGGGGAACCUCGCGCCCCUGCUCCGUUAGAGAGAGACCCUCCUUUAUCCCCAAAUCCCUGCCAUUUUGAAACCCUUCCGGACACUCUGUGCUCUGGGAUCGCAUGCAACCCUUCCGGGUCCCACAGAUCAGAUCUCCGUUCUGCUACCUGGCUGCUUGGGACCUCGGGGCAGGUGGAUAGAACAGCCACAAAAUAAUCCCGAGUCCUUUUUACGAGUUGGAGAGGAACGGCGCUGAAAUCGCAUCGUUCUAGGAAGAGGGCAAAGAGAGUCUCUGCCAGAAAACCCUCUGCAGCCGUGUUCGAACCGAUCUGAGAGUUCUCUUCACCCCCCCCAAAAAAAGCAAUGGAACCACUUUAAAAAGCAGAGUUACCUUUGUGGCAUAGAGGGGGGGUUCCCAGUCCCAGACACCUGCUUGUGAGCUGCAAAAAAACAAAACAUUUGGCUCUGAGAAUAGGGGUUUGUUUUAACUGGAAUUUCCAAUCUGAGGUCUGCUAGCGCUAGGAGAAAAACAUAUCGCUGUCUGCCCGCUGAAUUGCACUAGCAAGCAAGGGGGCGGCAUGUUGCUUUGCCUAAUGGUCAAGCCCAGCAGUGGGGAAGGACGACGGAAGAGAAAGGGCCCCACACCUUGCAACUGUGGUUUAUGUUUGCCCGCAAUUCGCUGCAUGUCUGACGGCCCCACGGCAGGGUGCUUCUGCCCCCCCCCAAAUAAAAAUCAGGAGAGGGUUUCAUCGCCCAGACAUAUCACCUCCGUCUGCCUUUGAUGCCCUGCGCAUCUUCUUAGGGCUACAAACUCUCAUGUUGUCUUAAGGGCUCUGUUCGUGAUGUCUGGGGCUCCACCGGGUUAGGGGGACCUUGUUCUCUGCCAGGGCCCUGGGCAGAUAGGUCAAACCCCUUCCGUACCAAAGAGAGGGCUACCACCUGACUUUUUACGUGGCCCCUUCACCCCGUCCCCAGCCACCGUAGUGGGGCAGAGAGAAGCCAUUCUGCAGCAAAGGAGUUUUCCCACCCUCCCUGAAUACAGCAAACCCCCAUUGAGUAGUUUAUACUCCUUUGUGCAAGGAAAUUUGAUCUCUGCUGGGGAGCAGCCCUCUCUGUCCUGCACCCCACAGCUCUGUCCAGCUAGAGACCAAGAAUUGGGUGGGUCCUGAGACCCCAACCUUCUCUUCUCCCCACUCCCCCUGAUCCCAUUGUUCAAUAGAUCAGCUUGGAUUAUCUGGAGAAAAGUUUCCUCUAAGAUGUCCAGUCCACAGAAAACAAAAGAUUUCCAUGCGCCUCCCUAGCCCUCUUUUGAAAGUCUCAGCUGGGCUGUUGGCUCCCGUAAAUUUUCCCCAGACUGUCCUCUUCCCAGAUUCCAUACAGGGCAGUUCUUGCCGCUUUUAAUAUUUCCACAGGGGAGGCAGUCGCAAGAGCCGUUGCUUGUCCCCAAGGCUGGCCCAGCAGAAGGUGCAGCUAUGAAAAUUCUCCUGUACAGCUCUGCCGCUUUAUGGAUUCUGUGUCAACCUGGAAUCCACGCAAGCGCUUCGCUGCCCUCCCUAGACACAGCCAUCCUUAAGGCGGGGCCCCCUAAAGAGUCGUCCUUCCGCAUGCCUCCUUUUAAGAGUGUCAUUCCCCACACACACACACUCCAAAUAUGUGCACACACACUACAACCCAACCCAAAUAUACACCUGCCCUAAAUUUUGGGUGGUUUUUAGCCAUCUAUCUCAUCCUACCCGCCGCCCACCGAAAAAACCUUGCUCAUUUCUCUCCUCCCUACCAGAACUCUAUCAGGGCUCUGUCUGCAGUCUUCCCCAACCUCACACUUCGGUCGAAAAGUCUUGCCACCCGCACUGCUCCGCUGGCGAAGUGGAGUGCCUUCCUCAUCUCCUCCGGUCCUGUUCACACUGAUAUUUAUAUGCUUGUUUGUCUCUGUACAUGUGUGACAUUUUCAAAAAUGACUUUUGAGGGGGGGGGGGGAGAGACAGAAAAAAAAUUAAACAGCAGGAAAAAGAAAAGAGAAAAGAAAUAAGGCUUGAUUUCUGACAGUGGUUCUGCGCUCGUUUUUAUUUGCUGACCGAGGGCUUUCUUUGCACAAACCAGAGUUAAAUUGCAAAGCCCGAUCAGGACUGAGCAUGCUCAGGAGCGGCGGAAUGUUGAGCGUUGGUUGAAAAAGAAAAAUGGAGAACGAGGGGCAGAAUGAAGUGGGCUGCUUUCAUUACACCCAUUGUACAGAUGGGAUAAUAGAGGCGGAGGGGGUCAUGGCUCGCCUAAGACUACAUAGUGAGUUUGCAGCAGAGAAGAGAAUAAAACUGGGACCUGAUUCAUAGUUCAGCCUCUCUUGCCAGCAUACUAGAACAGCUCUUAAAAGCCCCAAAGAUUGUUAUUGUCUCUGAAACUGGUUUCACCUGGUGUCCCUAGAACAAAGAAUGAAAGGAAAACUAGGUAGUCCUUUUACCUAGCACAGCAGCUAGAAUCAAUAUCUUCCUAGCUUUCGUUUUCUUCCUCUUCUCCACCUCUCACCUCUUGUUUCAUGGUCACAUAGCUCAGUUGGUUAGGUAAAGGUAAAGGGACCCCUGACCAUUAGGUCCAGUCGUGGACGUCUCUGGGGUUGCGGCACUCAUCUCACUUUACUGGCCGAGGGAGCCGGCGUACAGCUCAUGUGGUCAUGUGGCCAGCAUGACUAAGCCGCUUCUGGCGAACCAGAGCAGCGCACGGAAACGCCGUUUACCUUCCCGCCAGAGCGGUGCCUAUUUAUCUACUUGCACUGGUGUGCUUUCGAACUGCUAGGUUGGCAGGAGCAGGGACUGAGCAACGGGAGCUCACCCCGUGGUGGGGAUUUGAACCGCCAACCUUCUGAUUGGCAAGUCCUACGCUCUGUGGUUUAACCCACAGCGCCACCCGCAUCCCCAGUUGGUUAGAGCAUGGUGCUAAUAGCACCAAGGUUGCAGGUUCGAUCCCCGUGGGAGACAAUGCGUAUUCCUGCAUUGCAGGGGGUUGGUCUAGAAUAGAUGAUCCUCAGGGUCCCUUCCAACUCUGCAAUUCUAUGAUUCCACAAUCUAAAGAGGGAGGCAGAGACGAGAAUUGAAACUCGGAGGUACUGCUGCCUCCAACUGUGAAGGCUAAGGUAUGAGCCCAUUUGGCCAUGAUACAGCAAUAAGUAACCAAACAAACUCCUCCGUUGCAAAGAGAACGUCAGCAAUGUCUAGGCAACACGAUGACCAUGUACAUACGCAAUAGACAAAUCUUUUAUAAAAUUCCUUCAAACCAUAACAAGU